AAAUUUUUUAUUCAUUAUGGUAUAAAUUCUUGGGUAAUAAUGGCACACGAUGAAAAUGCAUCGGCCAGUGAUGCUGAGGAUUAUAUGUCGGAUAUGUACACUGCCAUCGAUAUUCGGCCAGGGAUUGUAACGACGCAUACACAAACGCGGCGCCUGAAAAUCGAGUCAAAACAGGUUGAAAAUAUGGAACGUUUACGAAAUAGGCCAAAAAUUUCGGAAAUGGAAAAAAAGAUGCGUGAUGAUGGAUUGGCAAAGCCCGUAGAAGCGGAUUCGAAAGGAUUUUUGCUGCUUUCGAAGAUGGGUUACAAGCCGGGAAUGAGUUUAGGCGUUGAAAAAGAAGGACGCAGUGAAGGAAUUAAAGAACCAAUUGCUCUGGAACUAAAAAGCAAUCGAUCGGGUUUGGGUCAUGAUACGGAAGAGGAUGAAAGGCGAAAGAAGCGUAUGCGUAUCUAUCAAGCCGCCGUAUCGGCACGUGCCAAAGCUCAUGAAGCGCUUAUUGAUGAUUUUUCGGAAAGAAAACGCUGGGCUGUACAUUUGAAGCAAUUAUCAACGGAUUUGCAAAAGAGUCGUAAAGUUUGCCAAGAACUGGACGCAAGGUUAUCAGAAAUAACCGAUUAUCUCCGAAGUACCCAUUGCUAUUGCAUUUGGUGUGGUGCUCAGUACGAUUCAGAAGAAGAAUUAGAGAACAGCUGUCCAGGAAAGACGAGAAUAAGCCAUGCGGGUGUCGAUGAGGAUAACUGA